GUGUAGAACAGCGUCCGUCACCAAAAUCAGUUUUGGCCAAAAAUGGCGGAGUACUUGCAUGUAUUUAGAAGGGCUUUGGGACAGUUGGGAGGUCACGGUGGUGUGAAAGGCCUUUUUGUUCAGUUAUUCAGGGCAAAUGAUGUAAAGACGGGAGCACUGAUUGGCGUGGACAAAUAUGGAAACAAGUACUUCGAGGACAAACGCUACUUUUUUGGUCGUCAUCGCUGGGUCAUCUACACCACAGAGAUGAAUGGAAAGAAUACCAUGUGGGAUGUGGAUGGCAGCAUGGUGCCUGCUGAAUGGCAUCGCUGGCUUCACUGUAUGACCGAUGACCCCCCUACCACACACCCCCCUACACCCAAGAAGUUUCUGGCGGAGGUCCACCAGUUCAACGUGAGUGGCUCGGCCCAGGCGUAUGUGCCCUACUCCACCACCCGCAAGAAGAUCCACGAGUGGGUGCCGCCCAAGGUUCAGUGACCCCUGCUAUGUCACCACCUGAUCUUCAACCUCUGACCCGUAGACGUUUAUGUAAAUGAUGUGUGAUUGUCCUGUGUGUGAGUGCUCUACCGAACAUCUUGGCUUCUAAAUAAAAUCCAAUCUAAAUGGGU